CAGAAACACUGCUUUCAAGGGGAGGGUUUUCUCCAAAUCUUUUGUUUAUAAAAUGCGUGGUGUUUCGAGGGAAGCCCACGCAACACCCGCUCAGUCUCGCACCGCGCGUCUGGCAGUGUUUUUCUUGCAGGGGUAGUACCGGGGGACGCUGGCAGAGCUGGCACGGCCCAAUUUAGGGAAGGAACAUGGAGUUUGUGCUUGAGUUUUGCUGUUCGCAGUGUCGCUGAUAUGCUAACUGAAGAUGAAUAAAGACAAACAAAUCGAUGAAGAUGAUGAUGACAGUGAGCAGUUUGAAGACUUUACGGAGAAUUUUAACCAACUUGAAUUGCUGGAGACGCACAGGCAUUUGAUUCCUGUAGGAACUCAGAGCUGUUGGUCAGGACAGUCUGAUGAUGACGAUGAUGAACAAGAAAGAAGUGAGGAAUGGUAUGAAAUGCAAGAAAAAAAAAUGGAAAAAAAUCCAGAGAAAUUGUUACUCUGGGCAGCUGAAAACAAUCGGCUGAAUACAGUGAAGAGGCUCCUUUCCGAAAAGCUGGCUCCAGUUAAUGCCCGUGAUGAAGAUCAGUACACUCCACUCCAUCGAGCUGCCUACAGCGGGCACUUGGACAUUGCACAUGAAUUGGUCGCCCAGGGAGCAGACGUUCAUGCGCAGACCGUGGACGGCUGGACGCCUCUGCACAGCGCCUGUAAGUGGAACAAUACAAAUGUGGCCGCGUUCUUACUUCAGCAGGGCGCAGACAUCAACGCGCAGACAAAUGGUUUGCUGACACCAUUGCAUAUUGCUGCAGGAAACAAAAACAGUAGAGAAACCCUUGAACUCUUGCUGAUGAAUCGCUACGUGAAACCAGACCUAAAAAACAACUUGGAUGAAACGGCCCUUGACAUUGCUAGGAGGACUGAUAUAUAUCACUACCUUUUUGAAAUAGUAGAAGACUGCAUAAAUGCUGUGUCCCCUUAAAAGUUGUGAUUAAGCUCGUGAAUGUGAGGUUGCCUGCCUCUCCUUUCUGUUCUGCAUGCUCAUCAGUGGUGGUCUGUCCCUUUGCAACAAGGUUUUCAUUUAAGGUAUUUUAGUAUUCUCCUCAGGCAAAACCUCACGUCUUGCAACCUGGCUUAGUGGUCUCGCUCGUACUUUGAAGCGUUAUGACUUAUUCAAGGUAUUUAGAAAGUCUCGGUAAUUUUGGUGAGUCUCCAUUUAAUGAGUGCAAAUUUGGAAGGGCUUUUCUAAUCGGUCUGUAAUGUCAAAGCAGGAGGGAAAACUGGAAGAUUUACUUGAUAUGAAAGAAUUCUGGCUUGGUUCUGCAGAGUUUUUUACAGCUCACUUGAAAAUUAUUUUUUGAGAAAUUUAACUUUUUUAAAACUGCAUGAAAGCUCAGAAUGAAUGUAACUUAUUUGGGUGAUACACAAAAUGUUUAGUGAUCCUGGUGUAAGGCGUAUUAUAAAAUAAAAUAUUUAACCAUAGGUAUUUGUUGUCAUAUUUUUAAUUGAAAGCUCAAUAUCAAUGCAAUCACCUGUUCAUAAAUCAAAAGCGUUAUUCAUAGGAUGAUAAAGUAGUUUUGGUUUAUUUUUUUCCUGGCACUUUUCAAGGGAAUUACUUUUUAUGAAGAUCCUGUUUACUUUUCCCUUGCAAAGUAAGUUGAGGAGUAAAGUUUUGAUGUCAUGGAUACAGCAUUAGUUAGAACGAGUAAACCUCAACUGUAUGAAGAUAAACAGCCAACAUACCAUUGUGUCUGAUUUAGUUACAGCUAAUUUAGUGCAGGACACGCUCAACAGUGUUUCUCUUCCACUUUUGAAUCCCUGAAGGUAAUUCCUUAUUCCAACUCAAAUAUUAGGACAUAAACAUAGUUUAAAAACUGUACCACUGUUUUUCCUAAAAAUUCCUUAAUUUCCAGACCAUUCAUUUAUUUUCUUAAUUGACACCUUUUUAACUUGUGAUAGCUUAUAUUACUAAUCCUAGGCAUUCACAUCCGAGUUGGGCUUCC